AUGCAUCACGGUGGUGCUGGUACUACUGCUAUGGGGUUGGACUGUGGCCUGCCUACUACUGUAGUAGCCUUCUUUGGAGACCAACCUCUGUGGGGUGGACUGGUGGACGUGCGUGGCGCUGGCAAGAUGGUAUUGGCCAGGCGUGUCACCAACGAUAACAUGCUCACUGCGAUGCGGUAUUGUCUAUCGGCCGAGGCGAAAACGGCAGCUGAGGAGUUGAAGGAGGGACUGGCGGAGGAACGGAAGACGGGUCAAGGAGCCCGGGCGGGCGCUGAAGCAUUUGAGCAUCAAUUGCCGUUAGAGUUGGUCACCUGUGAGGUCUGUGCGAUGAGGGGUCGGCAUGAUGAUGAGGGCAGAGAUGUGAGGCCAAGGGCUGCGGAGUUGAGGGAGGUUAAUAGAGAUCUACGCAUAUGCCCGGUGUGCGCCUUGCUGAUGCAAAGCGCUGGGGAGAAUCUCUGCCUUGAACCGCUUCGAACAGCUGAUUGGGCUCGGACGAGAGGAGGAAUCUUAUAUGUUCACUUCAUACGAUGGUUGAAGUCGUUCGUGAAGUUAUUCCGUCGUAUGGUCCAGGGUGGACAAGAGGGUGGUGUGUAUGGAUUCCUGAUUGGUGUUGUAGUGGGGAUUCUCGAGUUCCUAUUAUUCAUUGUAGUGGCCCCUCUCAUUUUCAUAAGAGAUCUCUUCAGAGUAGCUACACAGUUGGUGGUCCCAGCCAAUGGUAAAGCCCAUUGCGGAUACAAAAUCGAUCCGUCGAUCGAUUUCCUGAAGGAUAUGGUUCUUGUAUUGAACCCGUCACACGGUGUCGCAGCGGUGAAGGUGUUUACUCUGACGGAGGAUGACUAUAUCUUUUCGAAUGAGGAGAUGAAGAAACUGGAGAGGGUUACAUUGCUGGCGGUUGAGAAAGUGCUGAAAAGGCGUAAAGAAGAGGCGGCUCUACCUGAGAGUGUCUGCUCACUUAUCGAGAUGAGAGGUGUUGGCAUGCAACUAACAGCCGACCCGACAGCUAAAGACGCAGCAGAGAUAUCCCGUGGUUCGCUCAAGAAUGAUGGGCAAGCUGUCGAUGUAUUAGCGAACGACUCCGCAUAUGACGACAAGAGCAUCUCUAGUGGUGGAGGAGUUUAGGUUAUUCCCUCGCGGGAAGUUCACGAAUUACUCCCGUGUCGAGGAUUAGAUCCUAAUCAUUAGGAAAUGCUCAAUGUGAAUUAAUGGAUUAUCUGUAUUAUUUGAACUCCUAUCUUAUCGUUCUUGUACUUCUUGUUGUUGCAUUUAACACUGUCGUCAAGUUGCUGUACCAAAGUUGACCAUUCUCAUUCAUUCCUUUCACUCUGUCCUGUGUGACCGACACAUAUCUUUCUCCUCUUUGACCACCUUAUACUAAAGUCUUC